GUACGGAUACCGUAGUGUUCCCAACGUCGCCACCGCCAUGCCAGGAAUGAUGACGAGGGGCCAGCGCCGGGCCUUGGGCAUAGCAUCCCAGCCGCAGUGGCCAGCGGACCGCGCCGACGCCUUGAUGGACGAGCUCGAAGAGCUCAUCGACCAAGAUGCUACCUACUCGUCGGACGACGAAGACUCGACCGUGGACAUGGACGCGGACGAGAGCGGCGACGACGACGAGGGCGAAAGCGACGAUGGCGAUGUGGGCCUCUCGCCGCUGCAGUGGGCCAACGAUAUCCCCGUGCCCAAGCCAGCGCGGUCGGCGGCGCGGCGCGCUCCAGAUACGCGGUCCUGGCUGCGGCUCUUGCUCGAAAACAUGUUCUGGUCGACCAUUGGCGCUGCGACGCUACUGCCGCUGGUGCUGUACCGCUGCCUCUACGCGCCGUAUUGGCCGUUGCGGUGUCGGUCCUUCUUUUCGUUCCUCUGGACGAUCCUUCUCAACUGGAUUGCGCUUGGUCUUGUCGCGUCACUGGCCUUUGCCAGCGCCUGCGACGCCCAAGGCUUUCUCGCCGGGCGUCUCUUCAAGUGGCCAUCGAGCGUGUCCGCCAUCGAGGCUUGUAUCGCCGAGCACAACGUCAUGGAGCUACUCGCGCCGUGCCUCGCCUCGCAGUCGCUCGCAUGCUUGCCCCUCGACGGCGUGACCCCGGCGUCCGUGUACACGCCGCUGCUGCAAGCGCUUCUAGCACUGCUCAUUGUGUUUCUUUUGGGUCUCCGCUUCUACUCGAGCCGCGUCAAGGCCAUUCUCUUGCUGCUCUUUGCCGCCCACCACGCCUGGAAGAAGCUGGAUGUGUUUAAAGCCCGGUCGGCGGCGGCGUUGACCGGCCUCGAGCCGUCGUUUGCGUACGCGAACGAGCCGAUUUCGGUGCUCUUGGACGGCUACGGGCUGCACGAAGGCGCGUAUGUGGGCUGGAUCCCAUACUGGGCAUGCGGGAAAGACCAGAUGGCGUGCCCGGUCGAGUACGUGACCCGGCUCCACCACGGCAGCGUCGCCGUGACCUUUGCGACGGUCGACGAGUAUAUCCCGUGCUACUACCGUGCCCCAGUGCACGAGAACCACGACGAGCUCCGCACGCAGAACCUCGCGUCGCACGUCUAUGCGUGCUUCCACGAGCUCCGUCUCGUGGUCAAGGACCGAAAGAGCCAGCCGGGGUGGUCGCUUCAUACGCACGAGUUAUAAGUACUGUAAUGCAUGCAAGAGCACUCGAUUUUGCGUAGAG